CUUAACUCCAAAGCUGGCUCUUGGAAGUUGAGGUGAGAGUGACGCUGACGUGGUAGCUGCUGCCGCUUUCGUCGUGGGAUAAUAAGCCGGGUAGAGUUGCUGAGGAUCUACCAUAUCUACGAUUAACUAUGGAAGACUAUACCAAAAUAGAGAAAAUCGGAGAAGGUACCUAUGGAGUUGUGUAUAAGGGUAGACACAAAACUACAGGUCAAGUGGUAGCCAUGAAGAAAAUCAGACUAGAAAGUGAAGAGGAAGGGGUUCCUAGUACUGCGAUUCGGGAAAUUUCUCUAUUAAAAGAACUUCGUCAUCCAAAUAUAGUCAGUCUUCAAGAUGUGCUUAUGCAAGAUUCCAGGUUAUAUCUCAUCUUUGAAUUCCUUUCCAUGGAUCUCAAGAAAUACUUAGAUUCCAUCCCUCCUGGUCAGUUCAUGGAAUCUUCACUUGUUAAGAGUUACUUGUACCAAAUUCUACAAGGGAUUGUGUUUUGCCACUCCAGAAGAGUUUUGCACAGAGACUUAAAACCUCAAAAUCUAUUGAUUGAUGACAAAGGAACAAUUAAAUUGGCUGAUUUUGGCCUCGCCAGAGCUUUUGGAAUACCUAUUAGAGUAUAUACACAUGAGGUAGUGACACUCUGGUAUAGAUCUCCAGAAGUACUGCUGGGGUCAGCUCGCUACUCAACUCCAGUUGACAUUUGGAGUAUAGGCACUAUAUUUGCAGAAUUAGCAACUAAGAAACCACUUUUCCAUGGGGAUUCAGAAAUUGAUCAACUCUUCAGAAUUUUCAGAGCUUUGGGCACCCCCAAUAAUGAAGUGUGGCCAGAAGUGGAAUCUUUACAGGACUAUAAGAAUACAUUUCCCAAGUGGAAACCAGGAAGUCUGGCAUCGCAUGUCAAAAACUUGGAUGAAAAUGGCUUGGAUCUGCUCUCGAAAAUGUUGGUCUAUGAUCCUGCCAAACGAAUUUCUGGCAAAAUGGCACUGAAUCAUCCAUAUUUUAAUGAUUUGGACAAUCAGAUUAAGAAGAUGUAGCUUUCUGAGCAUUUCCACGUAUCAAAAACAGAUAGUUAUAUUUUUACUGUUAGCUUUGUCUAUCUUUUGUUUUGUGUUUUUCUUUGUCGUAAACUUAAGCUGUACUUCAUCUUCUGAUUUCAAAACUGUAACUUAAAAAUGUAAAUAUUCUAUAUGAAUUUAAAUAUAAUAAUUCUGUAUAUGUUUAUAGAUCUCACUGUAACAACUAUAUGUUACCAUAAUAAAAGUAUAAAUCUAGUACUGA